UAUUAUAAGGGCAAGGGCUCCUUCCCUUCUCCUUGUUGGAUUGUUUUGUUUCCCUGCUGCCUGGUGACAGAACAUUUGUUUUGUUUUUUACUUUUUGAUGUUACUUGAGAAAUGGCUUUUCACAAAUUUAGCUCUCCUAGAUUUAUGGUGAUGUGUUUUGAAAUUGUGCCACGGCCGUGGUUAGUUGUGAAUGUGAAAUUAGUUAUGUGCAAUUCUUGAUUUGGGGGUAUAGAUGGAGGACAACAACGGGGUGAGACCGCGAACCCGUUCGAAUUCAGCAAGAGUUUUGGUUUUUAGUGAACCACAGCCUAUCGGGCGAUCAGAAUUGAGGCAAAACUCUGUUGCUGAAUCUUCGAAUAUUGUCAAGCAACAUUCAUCAGUUCUAGAUCCACAAAAUGAUUCUUCAAAUUUGGUCCGAAUUAGGAAGUCCACCUUAGGAAAAUCUGCACCAUCUUUGUCCAUCAAUAUGAAGGAUGCCUCUUCUGUCAGUAGACGAAAUAGCCGUUCUGCUGCCAUCCAUAGAUUAAGCUUUGUAGCAAACACAAGUCCAGUACUGCCAAGAUCUCAGUCACCCGUUUGUGGCAGCCCACUUGAUAGUCCAAGAACACAUUUUAGCAUAAACAACUUUUCAUUUGCACCUAUCAAGAGAAUUAUUCCUGGAUAUCGCGGUGAUGGAAGAAGAUGGUCUGUUGCUUCAUUGCCCUCGUCUGGGUAUGGAACAACCCCUGGAAGUUCAAAUAUGUCGUCGAAAUGUUCUAGUCAAGAGAGAUUACACCAGUUACCACAUAUUCCUACAUCUGAGGACAUACGGAUCCUAACCCACCACUUCUCCAGCAACGAAAGCAAUGCAUCCUUGCCUAGUUGCGAAGAAAACUCUAACUCUGCUAGUCAUCGUUCGCCACUUCAUAGACCUAGAUCAAGAAGUCUCAGUAGUCCGAGUAGAUCUCCAAUCAUCGACAACGAAAUCUGCAUGAUGAAUGUGCUGUACAAGGAACGUUUUCCGAAAGCCACCCAGCAAAUGGAGGAGCGGCUGACCAAUUUCAUAGAGGAGAACAAGACGAUCGAUUUCGGCAAAGACUGCGACUAUUUGCCGAUCGUCAGGUUCGUUCACCAUCAGGUGUUGGAGAUAGCAAGAGAUUGCCUGCACAAGUCGAACAGCAAGCUGGUCACCAGCCAGUAUUUUCACGAGAUGUCGGAAAAUUUGGAACGGUUGCUCACAGAGACAAAAGAGAAAUCCGAGGACGCUGCUAACCUGAUGACGAGCUUCAUCAAGAAACUCCUGUUGAUAAUAUCGCGCCCGGCUCGAUUGUUGGAAUGUCUGGAAUUCGAUCCCGAAGAGUUCUACCAUUUCCUGGAAGCGGCCGAAGGCCAAGUCAGGGGCGUCCAGGGCAUCAAGGCUGACAUUCCUCAGUACAUCAUCCAGAAACUCGGGCUCAACAGAGACCCGAUCGCCGAGCUGCAGCAAGAGCUGCGGGACUGCACGUCUUGGUCGAAGGAGAACGCGAAGCCCUGCCCGCCGCCGGUCAGGAAGGCCCUCUCGGACCCCAGCGAGCACGACUUCGAGGUGGUCAAGCUGAUAUCGAACGGGGCCUACGGGGCCGUCUAUCUGGUCAAGCACAAGCACACGAAGUUGCGGCUCGCCAUGAAGAAGAUCAACAAGAACAACCUGAUGCUGCGCAACCAAGUCGAACAGGUUUUCGCCGAACGGGACAUCCUCAGCUUCGCCGACAACCCGUUCGUCGUGAGCAUGCACUGCAGCUUCGAGACCAAGCGGCACCUCUGCCUCGUGAUGGAGUACGUCGAGGGCGGCGACUGCGCUAGUUUGCUCAAGAGCAUCGGCCCUCUGCCGGCCGACAUGGCGAGGUUCUACUUCGCAGAGACCGUGCUAGCGGUGGAGUACCUGCACUCGUACGGGAUCGUGCACAGGGACCUGAAGCCGGACAAUUUGUUAAUUACCGCCCUGGGUCAUAUCAAACUCACAGAUUUCGGAUUGAGUAAAGUCGGCCUCAUGUCUUUGGCAACAAAUUUAUACGAAGGUUACAUGGACACCGAAUCGCGGAAGUUCUCGGACAAGCAAGUGUUCGGCACGCCCGAAUACAUCGCCCCCGAAGUCAUCCUGAGGCAGGGGUACGGCAAGCCGGUCGAUUGGUGGUCGAUGGGCAUAGUUCUGUACGAGUUUCUCGUCGGCUGCGUGCCGUUUUUCGGAGACACUCCCGAAGAACUCUUCGCCCAUACCGUACAAGACGAGAUAGAAUGGCCGGAUAAUCAAGAUUGGCCGGUCCAAGAGGAAGCCAAGGAUCUCAUAACGUCGCUGUUGCAGCACUCCCCUAGAGACCGAUUGGGGACCGGAGGGGCGCACGAGAUCAAAGAGCACGUCUAUUUCUACGGCAUCGACUGGAAUUCUCUGCUCAGAAAGAAAGCCGAAUUCAUACCUCAGCUGGCACACGACGAAGAUACCAGCUAUUUUGAUAGUAGAAUCGAUCGGUACACCCACGAACUGGAAGACGACACCGACGACGCCGACGACUCGCCAGUGUUCGGCCUGUUCUCCUCCCGCUCGCCGCAGUACAAGAAGGCGUCGGAGCUGGGCUCGCUCUGCGCCGACGCCGACCCGGAGCACGCCGCCUCCGGGGCGGCCGUCUCGGACUCGUCCGUAUCCGAUCCGGCCGCCGCCGAACCCAAGUGGAAGCUGGUGGAGACUGCGGCACCGAAGACCGUGGAGCAGAGGAGGCCCGUCGAUUAUAAGUUGGCGACCUUGGACGUAUCGUCCUGCGCGACGAGCACGCCGGAAUCCUCGCAGACGGACAGCGACGACGUGUCGCCGCAGAUCAGCCGCAGGAAGCGUCCAGGGCAUUCGCGCGACCUCCUGCCCAAGUUCUCGAUCUCCGUCGAGGACGGGCACGAUGCGGCCGCGCUGGCGCAGUUAAGGCACCAUCCUACGCGGUCGGUGGUGCGGAGUGCUUCCACUUCGGGGCUGUCGCUCAUGAUACCGACAGAUGACCUGGCCACGGCGACGCUGAUCCAUUCACCGGGCGUGGGAGGCGGUUCGAGUACCGCCAGCUCGAGGGACACUUCGCCGUGUCGGGAGCUGUCGCCGUUCGGCACCAGCCUGAAGCCGCCAAUCAUAAUACGUCGAGGGCCGAAGGGGUUCGGGUUCACCGUCCACACGAUUCGCGUCUACUACGGGGAUACUGACGUCUAUACGAUGCAUCAUCUGGUGAUGGCGGUGGACGAGGGUAGCCCUGCGUUCGAGGCGGGCCUCCGCCCGUUCGACCUCCUCACGCACAUCAACGGCGAGCCCGUGCAGGGCCUCUACCACACUCAAGUCCUGCAACUCCUACUGGGCGGGGCGGAGCGUGUGAGUGUGCGCGCGACGCCGCUUGACCAGACGUCGAUCCGGACGGGCGGCAGGAAGCGCGAGCCGGGGCAGGGCAGGUUGGCGAGGCGCAGCUUGAGCAGGCAGAAGCGGCAGCGGAGAGAGGGUGACAAGCGCAGGAGGGCGUCGCUUUUCAAGAGGAUCAGCAGCAAGAGGGCGAGCGUCGAGAUGCAGCAGAUGUCUGGCGCGGCGGCGCAGUCUCCCGUCGGCGUACCGCCCUCGCGCAGCUUCCACUCUUUCCCACGAGCAGCCGGCGAUCCCUCGGCCGCCCAAGGCCGCCCGCAGCCGCCUUCGCGCUCCAGUCUAGCCGCCCUCCCCGGCCCCGUCGAUCCGUUCCCGCCCGCCUCCAGCCCGUUCUCGACCGCCUCUAGCCCAUUCGCGAGUACCUCUAGCCCGUUCGCGAGUACUUCUAGCCCGUUCGGCGGGCAGUCGUCGUCGUCGGAGGGUUCGCCGUCGCCGGGGGCAACGAGGGGGAACCCGAAGCAGCCCUAUACCAGGCCCUCGACUCUGCACGGCCUCAAGCACAAGCUGCAUCCCGCCGGCUGCCAGAAGCCUCUGCACGGCGCCGGCCCCGUGUGCUCGCCGGCCGUCCCGAACCGGCGCAAGAGCGUCGGCCACAUUCCGUUGUCGCCGUUGGCGCGCACGCCGUCACCGUCGCCGCUGCCCGCGUCGCCGACCCGCUCGCCCAGCCCGCUCGCCUUUCCGAUCGGUCACCAGCCAGGCAGCUCGAACACGACGCAAUCGUACAGCCCGAGCGCCGGCUCCGCCCCCGUCGUGGUCGUCGCCGCCCCGAAGAAGGGCUUCGCGCGGCCGAAGGGCGGCGAGCCGGGGUCGCCCCUGCUGAGGCGCGCCCUCUCGCCCGACCGGCUGCACCCGCGCACCGCCGAAGCGAAGUGCGCGUCGAUCUCGCCGCUGUGCUCGUCGGGGGCGGGGUCAAGCGGAGGGGGCGGGGCGAGCGUCAAGUGCCAGGGGAGGGGCGGGGGCGUGGCUUCGGUGUGGCAUACCAACGUGGAGAGGGAGAGGGAGCGGGAGCGAGAGGCGGAGGGGGAGGGAGGCGUGCAAGCAGGGGAUUGUUCUGGUCCGAAUACGUCCGCCUCGGAGAACCGUCUGUCGCUGAACCUCUCGGGCCCCGGCGAGCUGCUGCCGAGGAUAGCCGAAGAGAAGGACUCGCCGACGGGCGCGCACGAAGCGAAGCCGAAGAAACCCGAUGAGCGAGAAGAAACGAGCAAAGGCGCGGAACACUUCAAUGAAGGAAAACAGGAGGUAGAUCAAAUGAAGGUGUGCGAGGGUGGCGAGAAUAAAAACAAGACGGAGAAGAGGAAAACUGUCAAACUCGAGGAGCAGGCCAAGGAUAAAGAGAGAGCGAGUAAAGGAGAAGAGAGAGCAGACAAGGACAAGAAAGUCAAAGGCGAUGAGGCUCCGAAGAAAGGGAACAAAGGCUCGAAAACCGAUGACUGUAAGAGCAAGAUGGAGAAGGAGAAGAAGGGGAGCAAGGAGGAAGCCAAAGUCAAGGGGGAUAAGGACAAGAAGACGAAUGCCUCGUACAAAUCGGUGUGAGCGGGGAUGGAUGGCAGCUAACGGAGAUUUUCGAAAUGGCCUCGGCAGAGAGAUCAUGUGAAUUUGCAUUAGCUUUAAGGUUAUUAGAAUUUAGAAUCGUUGUGUAUUACGUCCAUGAAAUAGGAAACUGGGCUCUCGAAACCGAUUCAGCGUACAGGUAAAUAUAAUACAUAUUGGGCGACACUCUACAAAGUACCACUUAUAACUCUUCAAUUUUUGAUAGUUCAAAAUGUAUAAGGUUGUUUUUUUAUUUCUCGAAUCAACAUAUACAUUUUCACUAUCUGAGGAAACAUACUAGGAACAUCAAUCCGAUACUUCACUCAAUAUACAGUGCCCCACAAUUUAAGUGUGAUAUCUGAAAUUCAUUCAUUCAAGCACGUGGGAGGUUCGAUAAGAAAAUUUCAUACCGGAAUAAUAUUUUUAAAAAAACAUUGAGUAAAUAUUCUUUCGGACGUAAAAAUAACAUUAAGUAAAUAUUUAUUCGGACGUUAUCCACAAAUAACUAGAAGGCUGUGUGUAUUGCCUAUCAUAUAGGGUAUUCUUUUUUCUUUCCCCGUGCUCUAGAAUAAUUUAAAAAAUAUAUAGAUAAAUUAUUAUUGAAAAUCAAUUGAUUUAAUUGAAUUGUUUGAUAGGUUUCAUAGAAUUGUCAUUAUUUACUAAAGAAUGAAAGUGGAUACGUGGAAGACUUUUUUCAGAUUUUCCGUGUCCUGGUAAAAUAAAAUAUGUAAUAUCAGAUAAUUUUUUACAUAAAAUAGAUUGUUUUCAUACAAUUUCCUUGCUAGGUUUCAAAGAAACCUCAAUAUUGACUAAAAAUUAAAGUAAAUGUUUGUAUUGGGGGAGAUUCUUUUUUAUUUUCUCGUGUCAUAGUGAAAUUAUAAAAUCAUAUUCAUUAUUUUAUAAAAAUAAUUGAUUUUAUAUUAUUUUCUCACUAGGUUUCAGGGGAAUAAAAAAUUAUGUCAAUAUUCUUUCAAUAUUAUUGUUGUCUAAUCAUAUGAUAGUCGUCAUGUGCCGGGAAAUUUCCACUUAUUGUCGAAAUAAAGAAUCAAAAUGGUUGAAAAUGACUGGUACACAAUUUUCUCUCAAAUUUGUUUUGCAAAAAUGCAUUGUUUUCUAAAGGGAAUACCAUUCCGAUGGAAUACGGUCCUGAUGAAUUACUGUCGCUAUAAAAUCACAGAACUCAAAGACCUAAAAGACCAAUAUACUUCUAUUCCAGUGUUCCCUAACGUGGCUGGAACGGCAAAUGUGAGCAUGCGCAGUGGAGACGCGACUGUGCCUGGGGCGGCUUCAGAAUUAUUCGAUUACCAGGUUUUUGUGGCUUUCUUGAAAGAGCAAAACCUUGUGAAAAAUGUAUAUACAGGGUGGGCCACCAGUAACGCCUCGGUCUCUAGAAGGCUAACCACUUAUCUUCUUGGAAUUCUUCCUCUCUAGGAAGUUGCAUGUCAACAUAGGCUACCAUUUAAAAUUAUUUCGAA